AUGCUGACCCUCACUCGUCGAGUGGCCGGCCACCACGCCAAGCAGCGCCUGCCGCGCAGCCUGCGAGGGCUGCCCACCCCUAGCGUGCGGCGUGCAUGGGGCAACAUGAAAAACCUGUCGAGUGAGGAGAAGAGGGAGCUGCUGCGCGGUGCGUGGCGAGAGGCGACUCCUGUUCAACUGGUGCCGGACCCGAGCAGUCGAGAUAGCCGCGCUACAUCGGAGCCCAUCGCAUUCGCUACAGACGAGGCGGCAGGCCGCUAUCUGGCCGAAGAGGAGGAGGACGAGGUGGCGGAGAUGCACGAGUCCACGCUGGGCCUGGCGCGGCGCUUCUUCGUGGAGCUGGCGGCGGCGGCGGCUGAGGAGGUGGAUGGGACGCAGAUGCCACCGGCCCCCCAGUCGGACGAGGAGCGCCGUCGUGAAGUGCGCGACGUGCAGCGGGAGUUCUUCGGUGACUUCUACGUGGAGCAGGGCAUCAUCGACGAGUCAGAACGAUACGCGUUUGUGGACACCAUGCUACGGCCUUCACGGCCUCUCUUCCUGGUGAACAGUGUCCUGCCAUUGACGCGGCUCACGGUGCGGGAUCAGCUCGAGGUGCACAGCGCGGCUUCCACGAGCCUCGACAGCGGCAUCGAGAGCAGCGGCUCGGCGGGUGUGGCAGGCGCGCCUUGCGUGCUGCCCGUCUUCACGCCGACGCUCUUUGACCCGUGCCUGUACGCCGUGCCCCUUCCGCCCACCCAGGCGUUUGGCGCACCGCUCCAUGUCUGCUUCUCCGCCGCAACGUCGCGAUUGCAGUCACGGGAGCCCUACACCGGUGCUGCUACUCCAGUCAUUCAUGGCGGUUGUGCAUCGUCCGUUCCGAUUCCGAAAGAAGCACCCAGCGCCAUCGGUGAUCAAGCAGCGCUGCCCUCCGCUGCUGCAUCAGUUGACCUCAUCGCCGACGCCGAUGCGCUUGGCGCGAUGAUGCUGGACGCGCCGCCGUACGCGGGGACAGACUCUUCGCAAGCGCUAGCCGCAGGCCCGUCUGCGUCUCUGACGAAUGGCGCAAGAGAGUCAGCAACCACAGCAGCAGCAGUGAGCGACAGAACAGCUGCAUCCGCGCUUGCUGUGGCGGCUCCAGCUCCGAGCCCGUCAACGCAGCCGCCAAGCCUCGCUCACAUGUACUGGCUGCAGCGCCAGGUGGCCAGCAACACCGUCCUCCACGUGGACGACGUAUCGCUUGUGGUGUCGCUGCUGAGUGUGCGGCUUGCAGCGGCCGCUGUGUCCAGCGGGGAUGGUGUGCCACAGCCCUACGAAGCCGUGCUCUGCCAAGCAAGUGACCGAGGCGAGACGGCCUGCACGUACCACACGGAAAUCGUGCAUUAUCUCUUCCGAGCUGCGCAGGCGGAAUCGAGCGACCCAGCCGCGGUGGACCGCUUGGCGCGUGUGGUGAUCGUCGUCGAGGAUGCAUCGUUCACAGGCCGCACCGCGGCCCCUCGACACCAGGUAAAAGGUGGGGGGCACAAAGGCUUGAGGUCACAACAUCGUCAGACCAAUGUGGCGUCGCUUCCGUGUGACGAGUCCGCUGUGGCGGUGACGGACCGGUACCCGAACGUGGUGUAUCUCCAACCUCGUUCGCCGAACAGGAGGGGAUGGCCGCUUACCCCUCCACGUUGCAGCUUGGCGGACGGCAGGUCAGAAGCGGCGGUCUCGCACCUUCUGAGCAGAGUGGUUCUGUGCGUUCCCGCAACAUCGCAAGACGGUGUUCGCCCUCGUGGCUGGCUCGCUGGUGGCGACGAAGAGGCUGCCGACGAAGACGCCGAUCUCGUGCCGUUGGGAGGGCACACACCGUCGUCGUAUCGCCGCGGUGUUUCCAGCUUCGUGGCAGGGGCGCCGCCGAACACCUUCGUGGAACGCUGCCAGAGAGCGAGCGCCAACUUCUCCAAGUUGCAGAAGCAGCUCUACGCGGCCAUACAAGCUGUGAGGGCGGACAGCUGUGGUUGGGUCAUCUACGCCACUCAGAGCGCCAACGUGAUCGAGAACGAGGCCGUCGUGUGCGCCGUUUUGCAGCGCAUUUGCAUGGAAGGUGACGGGUUGCAGCCGCGGCUACCGCAACAGUCGGGCAGAGCGGAGGGGGAGGCGGCCGACGACGGUGCGGCGGCUGCAGGGCAUGUGAGGCGACCGUUAGGCGUGGAGUGCGUCCCGCUAGAUUCACCUACCAUGGAGGCGUGCAUGACAUCCCCAGAGGCCACCUCCGUGCUGCGAUUGCUCUGCAGGGAGGGUCGGCCGGGCCUCAGCACAUGGGUUGCUAUCGAAGACGGCUCUGCAGGGCAAGAGGCGGAGCAGUACAGCCCAGAGCUGCGCGAUUCCGUUGCCCAGGCGGCAUGGCGGACGGACCCGAUGCGGACAGGCAGUGACGGCGGCUUUGUGGUGUGCUUGCGCGUAACGCCAGCAGCCCAGCUUCGGGAGCAUGAGCAUGGGCGAAGCGGCGGAGCGGCUGCAAGUGUGCCGCCGCUGCCGUGCUUUUGGUGGACACAUCCGGACAGCCACGUCGUCUCGGCACUCACACCGGCCACCUUCCAGUUUGUGAAGGACAUGGAGCGAGCCGAUGUCGCGGGGCGAGGGCGCUCGUCGAAGACAGUCUCGAGGAUCCUUCACGCGGGAGUGCCAGUAGGGUGCGCCUCCCCGCUGCCCGCUGCGUCCGCCUCCAACUCUAGCGUCGGCGCUGCUGGGCUGGCACUACCAGCGGACUGUGGCAUCAGUAGCGCGACGUGCCACGUGGAUGUCCUGGGCGCCCUGCGCCGAUUGCUGCCACACUUGACCCUUUCCGCUAAGGCCCUUUGUGAGCUGCUGCUGCUCAAGCAUGUUCAGUCUCACGUGCUGCGCAGGCAAUUGCGCUUGCUCCAGAAGCAGUCGACGGCUCAGCAGCGGCGGCAGCUCGGCGUUGAGGAUUCGGCCGCUGACACGGCGGCCGAGACGCGCAACUUUCUCACAGCAGUGGAGAAAGCAGCUGAGAACCAUCUUCUGCUCUCUGCCCCAUCCUCCGCGCAGCUGUCUGGCCGGUUCUACGUGUGGGUCGGCGCAGCUGCCGAGUCGCUCCUGCCAUCGUCCAGGAUCAUGGCCACUGCUCAGGCAACGGGGAGCGCGGAGGCGCCGCCUGCUCCUGCCGGCACUGCUCUUCACCCCGCUGUCUUGGGCGAGUUGGAGGCGGCUGGCGUUGUGGCGGAGGUCGAGUACCAGCGUCACCCCACUCUCCGUGACCCUGCCUCGUCUGUCAUCGACUUUACCGUGCGCCUCGAUGUGCCCCCAGAUAUGCCAGAGCGAUCCAAGCAUCUUGCGGCGCUGGAGGAGUGGCGAGUGGCGCUGCGGGACGCACUGCUGUACGUGCUUCGGCGCACCUGCAAGGACAGUGGCUCUGUUCGUCUCUGGGCGAGCCCGUCCGUAGAUAGCGCCAGUGUGCCCGCGUCGAGGGUGGGUGCCGAUGGCGGUAGCGGUGCCGUGCGUGCGCCACGCACGAACGAGGUGCUCGAGCUUACAGAGAACGAAUACGAGACUGUGCACACGGCACAGCCUAUGCCGACUGGCGGAGUGGUGCACCCACACGCCCUCUGGGUUCGCCCUACCUUGCCUGGCAUGGAAGCAGAGGACAGGAGGGCGGACUGGCUGCACGACACGAACUACCAGAAGUGGCGCCGACGUCGAGCGCAGCGGUGA